AUGGAGAUAUACACCACUCCAUCCUCAACAAAGUUUAACCGGUCCGUCAGCAUAAACCUCACAACAGCAAGCAAACUCAGCCGGGAGGCUGCAUCAACAGCAGCGAUGGAUUCAGAGAUAUGGCACAACGACAUCUCUCAAAGCCUGGAGCCGAAGCUACGGAGAACUGUGGCACUUCCGAAUCACUACCCGCAGGAAACAAGCCACUCAUCAAGCUCUGAGAUUCCCCAUGGAGGAGCGAAGAGAAAUCAACUGCCUCUCAGUGAACCCCUGGGGCUUCCCGAAUCUGGGG